AUGCAUGCACUUCGCACGUUCUAAGCACGUGACCGACUCUUCCGGUGUGCGCCAACAGUACAACGCUCAGACGGCCUGGAUCGACGGUUCCCACAUCUAUGGCGUCACAGACGAACAGGCCACGGAGCUCAGAGAGCUAUCUGGCGGGAAACUCAAGGUCAAGACUGUUGGCGGGCAGGAGUUUCUGCCAGAGACCGGGGAUUUGUUCAACCGUCCCAAGUUUGUCCUCAACUCGCUGAAAGAUUUGGUGGAGGCGAUCCUUGGGGAGAUCUCUCAGAGAACGGACAGAUGGUACACGGCGGGUAUCACAGACCGAAUGUUCGAGAAGCCCGGCCAGCCCCGCACCGGCUCCGACAUCGCCGCCAGGAACAUCCAGAGAGGGCGGGAGCACGCCCUGCCCACCUACAACGCCUGGAGACGUCACUGUGGCCUGCCCGCCAUCACAGACUUUGACCAGAUGGGCCCAGAUGGCAGACGUUUUCGGGAAGUGUACUCAUCAGUAGAGGACAUCGACCUGUACUCCGCCGGGAUCAGUGAGCGGCCCGCCCCUCGCGUGCAUGUGGGUCCACUCUACGUGUGUCUGCUGGGCCGGACAUUCAGGGAGCUCAAGUACGGGGACAGGUUCUGGUAUCAGAACAUUGAGGACCCGGUCACUUCCUUCACGGCUGAUCAGGUAGCAGAGAUCAACCGUAUGAGCCUGGCCAGGGUCCUGUGUGACACGGUGACCGGCAUGACGGAAGUUCAGAGGAACGUCUUUCGGCUUGUCUCCCCUCGCGACCCGCUCGUCUCCUGUGACGUCAUCGACGACAUGGAUGUCGAGGGCUCGUGGUAACCAUAGCAACGACAUACACUGAGGGCAUUUGGUAACCACAUCAACGAUACACUUUAAAAAGCUCGUGGUAACCAUAGCAACGAUACACUUUGAUGGCUCGUGGUAACCCUAGCAACGAUGUAUUUUAAGGUUCGUGGUAACUAUAGCAACUGCGUACAGUGAAGGCUCUUGGUAACCAUAGCAACGGCAUGCAUUGAUGGUGCGCGGUAACCAUAGCAACGACAUUUCACGAUCCCAGUGUUUUCUUGUUGUAUCUCCAUUUUUAAAGUCACAUUUCCAAAGUUAAAAAAAAAUGGAGAUACGACAAGAAAGUACUGAGGUCGCGAUACAUUCAGGGCUCGUGGUUGCCAUAGUAACUGCUUACAUUGAGGGCUAGUGGUUACCAUAGUAACUGCAUACAUUGAGGGCUCGUGGUUACCAUAGUAACUACAUAUAUUGAGGGCUAGUGGUUACCAUAGUAACGGCAUACAUUGAGGGCUAAUGGUUACCAUAGUAACGACAUACAUUGAGGGCUCGUGGUUACCAUAGCAACGGUAUACAUUGAGGGCUCGUGGUUACCAUAGUAACAGCAUACAUUAGGUUUUAGUGACUGUAGUAACAAGAUACAUUAGGUUUUAGUGACUGUAGUAACGAGCUUCAAGCUCCGGGAGAUAUAAAGAGAAAAUGGUAAAAGAGGCUCAUCGUUUACCUCUCAA